GCGUCUAAUGCUGUCUCCUUUUUUGAUCGCAUACUUUCACUAAGCCUUCUUAAAAUAACUCAUUUGUGUGGUAAAAAAAUCUCAACUUUAUCUUCCUACGUUUCGUCUUGGCAUUUUAAAUCACGUGAUUUGGAAAGAGAAAGUAACUGAGAAAAGUAUUAGAAAGAGGAACAGACAUGAACGAAGAACUUAUCUGCCCUGUUUGUUUGGAACUUUUCAAAGACCCUAUUUUGCUCCCCUGCUCUCAUAACGUCUGUCGUGAAUGUAUGUGGGAAUGGAUCAAGCACGGGGAUGGAAAAGGCAGCCUGGCAGGUGGGGACGGAGCAGCUGCAACAACAGUCCCUGGAAACACCACUGUCACCUGUGCUGAUCAGUUUGUGUCGGCAAAACGUUUCCCGAAAAAGGGCAAAACUCCACUGAGCUUCACCUGUCCGUCUUGCAGAGUAGUUCACAAGUUGACCAAGAAAGGGCUUGACGAGUUUCCUGUUAACCGCGCGCUUCGCAACAUUGUUGAAAGUUAUGAAAAAGAAAAAGCUAACGCAACCAAAACACAACUAGAAUCAAAAGAUGUACAUGUACAUGUAGCAGAGGCCAGCAGGCGACAGAUGCAAAGCAAAGACCAGCAACCUUCGGAGUUUGAAGGUGUCACCAAAGAUGACAUAUUGUGUCAUUUUUGUGAGGGUCAACCGACCAAGGCCACCAAAGGAUGUCAACAGUGUCAGAUGUUCUAUUGCGAUGCCUGUUUUGUCAGUGCGCACCCGCUAAAGGGCCCUUUUGCCUUACACAUCAUCAAAACUUCUGAGGAGCUUAAAAACACCAGGCCUCAACCAAUGUGUAAGAAGCACAAGAAGAUGUUAGAGAUUUUCUGCACCCAGUGUAUUAUUCCAGUGUGCCAUCUCUGUGCUCUUGUGGGUGAACACAGUGGGCAUAAGUUUGGGGAAAUUGGCAUGGAAUUUCAGAAAAAGAAGUCAAAUGCACAGACAUAUCUGACCAGACUGGAAGAAAGGGAACAGAGAUUUCUAGAGGAAAACAGGAUUCUGGAAAAUGGCUUAAAGAAAACAAAUGAAAACUGUGAUAAACUGUGUGAGAAAGUGAAAAGAGAAUGUGCGGGGAUAAUUCAUCGAGUUCAGAGUAAGGAACUUGAGAUGAUCUCUGAACUAAAACAGGAUGAAUCAGUUAAGUUGAAGAAAAUCGAACAGGCGAAGUUGGCAUGUGGCUCAAAGGCAGCUACAACUGGUGAUUUGGCAGAAAUGACAAGAAAGAUUCUUGAGGAAGAAGACCCAGUGCAUUUUCUUAUGGAAUAUAAGUCUGUCUCUUCAAGAGCUGAACAAGAGCUUUCUGAAGGGGUGCAAUCCAUGAAUUUGUUUGCAGAUGAAGUGUCAACAUUCAAAAAAGAUUUUAAAAUCCAGACGGAAUUUGUCACGAUGCUUCAAAAAACACUGGAGUUGUCUGAAGGAAAAAAGAGGAUCCAAAUGCAGCGUCAAAAUAAAAAACCGUCCUUGAGACGAAGCAGAUAUCUCGAAGAGUUGGAAGAUGAACAUGAAAAUGUCAGAUACAUGUAUUGGUCUGAUGAAGAAACGGAUCUCGAGUUUUAAGUUAAAGGACUCGCUGAGUCUGUUUUAACAGUUAAUCCAUGGACACAUACAGCAGACAUGGGGAAAAUCCCACCACAGCAACUACAUGUACUGUUACUCAAAGGCAAUUAUGCCAUUUUCUGUAAUGUUCAGUGUUUUGCUAUGGACAAAAAGAGGCAAGUUUAUAAAUCACUUCUGCAAUCAAGUCCAUGUCAUUGUAUGCCUGCAGCAUUCUAGAUGAGAAAAAAAAAAGGACAGAAAAGUGAUGUUAACUUGUAUGCUACUUUCUGAGGCUAAUUAAGACAUGAGUGUGUAUGACAAAUUAAAUUGAAUUAGACUAAAUUAGUGUAAUUUUCAUGUGCUCUCUACUGCAUGUGCAAGUCUGCUAAGUUGACAAGUUAAUACUCGUCUCAGUCGUCUGAAUAUAUUUAUUGUGUCUAGUAAGUUCUGGUACGGAAAGUAAAAAUGUGCUGAUAAUUGACAUAGAUAUAUAUAAAUAAAUAUAUACACACUAGUUCAUAUAACACCCAAA